AUCCUUGGUUUAGGCCUAUGAAGAAUCUACAGAACGUAAAAUAAAAUGUUAUUCUAUUCAGCGAAUAUAAUGGGUUCCUUUGAGAUACAUCCCCGUAAUUCUUCUCGCUUACAAUAAUAAACUAUUCUUAAUAAAAUAAUUCCUACUCUCAUAUAAAUGAGUUUCCCCGUGUACAUCAAUAAUUUUUUGAAAUUCCACGUCUUGAAUACAGCGGUUUAGUUCAAUUCGAGAACCUAUCGAACAUUCGAUACUACGGAAGGUCGAUAUCAAAACAACGCAAUAUCGUCGUGCACAGCAGGUGUUUUCGUUUUCGUGUUUGUUGUCUUUUAUAAGCUGCGUAGAGUUUCUAUUGCAAAGCAAGGAUUUAUGACGAAAUAUUGUAUUCCACAGCUACAAUGAAGAGUUUAGAAAGAUGACGUUAUUGGAGCAUACAACAAUGAAAUGAGAGAGUGCCACUUAAUUUGAGGGGUUCCUGAUUGACAAUAGCAGUGAAAACCCCCUCACAGACCAUGAAUUUCACCACAUUUGGAGGGCACUUUCCUCCUGGCUCCAUACCCACAGCCACCAUUCAUCAGUUUGGUACAGCGAAGUUUGCCCACAAUGCUGGGGGACAAAUGUUGAGUGUUAUUGGUGGAGGGGAAGGAGCAGUACAGUACAUUCGCCAGGUUGACCCCAAUGGUUUCACAAUGGCAACAGCCCAAGGUACAGGCAACAAUCAGCAUCCUCAGGUACAACAGGCACUCAUUACAUUGCCCAUCAGUAUAGGAGGCAAACCUGGUGAACCAGGUCAGCCACAGCAGACCGUGCAGAUUCAGGUUGUGAACCCCAAUGCAACCACAAUAUCUAACAAUGGUACUGCAAACAAUGGUGCUCCAAAGUAUCACAUUUCCCCGCUGUCACUGCAUCACUUUCCCCCGGGUGUUUUGACAGUGGCUUACAGUGGACAACAGCAGGCUGGCACAGAAACAGUGCAGUUGCAGGUUCAGCAUCCACAGAUACAUGUGUCCCAAGCCUCCAACACCUCACCGCAGUCUCAGGAUAUUUCAAAUAAUAAUAGCAGCAACAGUAACAAUAAUAACAGCAAUACACAGAAUCAUCAGGCGCAAGUCUCACUUCACCAGGCGCAGCAGCAAACUAUCACAGUAACUGCAGGAGACAAACAUGAUCAACAUCAUCAAACAUUUCCUGUUACAGUUGUUGCAUUGCAACCACAGGAUCUUAUCCUCCGAGAUGCUGUGACAGCUGUGGAACUGGCAGCUGCCAAGUCACCUCAGCAAGAUGGGACAGGAACAAAGGACAACACUUUGCAGGUGGCCAUUGUGAAAACUGAAGGUGAUAAGGAUGCUCAGGGGAAUGAGGAUUAUAAUAGUUCACAACAUGCACCAGCAGGAACGGUGGCCACAAUGCCUCCUACAUGGCAGAGUAUAGCAGCCCCAGGCUCAACUGUGGCUGACUACCUUUCACGCAUACCUGCAUCCACCCUGCCCCUUAGCCUUCAUCACUUCUUAAAAUUCUCAGCUGAAACAAUCAAGCGUGAGGCUGCAAUAGAAUCGUCUCCACUCUCUAAUCCAGAACUUGUGGAUGCCAGUUCUGCUACCAGUCCAGAUGGAACAUUAGCUGCAGCUCAGGGGGUAGGAACUGCUGGAGCAAAACCUAAAAAGAAGAAAAAGUACAAGAAAAAGCCUCCCAAGCCACGACGUCCAAGACCAGGGCAAGUCCACAUUGCAACAGCAUUGGAUGGUACUACACUGUUCUGUUGUCCAGAGUGUCAUAUGGCAUAUCCUGAAAAGGAAUUGUUGGAGCAACAUCUGGUGGGGCACAAGAUUGAGCGGAGAUUCAUCUGUGAUAUCUGUGGGGCAGGCCUGAAACGCAAGGAGCACCUUGAAAGGCAUAAGCUGGGUCACAACCCUGACAGGCCAUACAUCUGCUCAGUAUGUCAUAAGGGUUUCAAACGUAAAGAGCAUUUGAACCUACACUUUGUGAUUCACUCGGGUGAAAAAACGGAGGUGUGUACAGAAUGUGGGAAGGGCUUUUACCGCAGGGACCACUUGCGAAAACAUGCCCGCAGCCAUAUUGCCAAGCGCGUCAAGGAAGAAAUGAGCAAUCAGCAGCAGCAUCAACAACAAGCUGCAGCAGCAGCUGCUGCUGCUGCCGCCUUGUUGGGGUCAUGA